AUGUCAGAUCCGCAGGCGGCUCAAGAUGGGCCUCUAACCAAAGGAGCCCCCUCUGCGGGGGGCGCAUCGACUGUCGAUGCAAACGAAUGGAUGCAGAAACUAGCUCGAAUGUGUGGCCCAGGUGCCGGACUGCGCAAUGUCGGAAUGCCAAUAGCAAAAAUCGAGUCAAUCUUCGACUCGGUCUUCGCCCGGAACUCAACUAAGACAAGCCGGGGUUCGCAGUCCGCUCCACUGGCCAACACAGUCCAGCUAUAUGGGAGCAACGAGGACAUACUGGAUGCAUAUUAUAUUUUUAUCCAUCCGUAUUAUCCAAUCCUACCUCCACCGGAGCGCCUCCCCGUCUCGCACAAUCCAGUUCUGCUCGGUCCGGAUGGCUUCGAGCCGACGAGCCCACUUGCGCUGGCUAUCUCUGCUAUGGUAGCCCUGGUCCCCCACCAAGACGUGAAGGAGCCUUCGCGACCGGAGUAUGUGAAGAUUCGGAGGGAGGUCUCGCUUCGCUUUGCCGAGGCUGCGCAUGUGGUUGUUGCGAAGGACUACGAGCCGCUACGAUCUCCCACCGGGUUUCAAGGCUCCUUAAGGCAUGUUAUCGGUCGGUCACCCUUUCAUCCCAAAGUGCCCGUGUGCCUGGAAGGCGUUAUUACACUGUCGAUCCUGGGAUUUUAUGAAUAUGGCCAGCGGGGAAACAUGGAGAACACGGCUAGGUUAGUAAAUGAGGCUUUGACGAUGGCUGUAAAGAUUGGAUUGCAUGAGUCGCUGGAGGAAAAUGAAUAUGCGGUGGCCCGACGCAGAUCAUGGUGGUUUACGUAUAUGGCGGCAAGCCACCUGGCAACUGUGACUGGAAUGCCGGCAACAUUCGAUGUCUAUGAUCCUAGCUUUGUGACACCAUAUCCAAAGGACUUUAAACUGCGUGUCGAAGCCCAACAGGCUUUAUAUGAAGCUGGUAUAUUUGCCGUCGAUCUUGAUGAUACUAUUAGAAGUAGAGGAGAGGUGGAAUGGAUUCCGAAACGGAUGGCUGAGCUCGAUGCCCAUAUUACCUCGCUGCUUUUCGAGUGUCGAGAGAAGUUAUCCUCACUCCAAGGCCCACGGCCUGAUUGCGUGGAAUCGGUGGCAUCGAAUGCUCUGCGGUCAUUUACGGAAGUAAAACUACACAGUGCGCGGAUCAAACUGCACCGAUACUGUGCCUUUCAAGAUGUUCCUGUGUUUUCUGAACAACCGGGUCUGCAUCCAGUAUCCACUGCAAGUAAUGCCACAGAAGCAUUUGGUACUGAUAACGCAGAUUUACAACCACCCCCAGCAUCUAUACAAGAUUUUGGGAUUCAGUUUCCGUUUUCUGCACACAUGUCAUCAGUGAUCUGUGUUCAUGCAGCCAUCAAUGUUGUGACUCUGCUUGAUAGCCUUCCAUUCCCCAAUCCAACAAAUGACACCUCUCCUACAAACCUGCCAUACAUAUACCAAAACUACGAGGUACCACGGGGUAUGCCGACGCUGAUUAGCUGUGCCAUGCAGGCGGGCUACACGAUGCUGACGUUGAGUUGCAAAACAAGACCCUUCGUGACGAAAUCGAAAGACUCGGACUUAGGUGAUCUCCCCUUGGCUGGGUUAAGACAAGAGCUGGAGCAGAGCUUGCGCAUAGUGUCGAAAUUUCUAGAAAACCAUGCAAUUGCAUUCGAGGCGAUCCAAGGAAUGCGUGAUGAGAUGGUGGCGGCAAUAGAACGUGAAUUCAACAGAGAUUGA